UAUCCCACUCUACAAUGUAACAACUCUCUUCUCUUUCUUCUUUCUUCUUUGUUCCUCGCACGAACUCACCAACACACAGAUCAUCAUCACCACAUUCUCUCGCUUCAAUUAGGGUUCACCAUUCCUUCUUCUUCUCUCUCUCUCUCUCUCUUGCAUCAACAAAAAUCACAAUCACCAUGACUACAGAGCUUCUUCAAACCGAACCUGCUGAACUCAGAUUUGUCUUUGAAUUGAAGAAACAGAGUUCAUGCUUGAUUCAACUUGUAAACAAGGUUGACCAGUACAUUGCUUUCAAGGUUAAAACAACUUCACCCAAGAAAUAUUGUGUCAGACCCAACACUGGCAUCAUUAGGCCAAACGAAACAUGUGAUUUUACCGUUACUAUGCAAGCUCAGCGCGCGGCGCCGCCUGAUAUGCAGUGCAAGGACAAAUUUCUUAUUCAAAGCACAGUUAUCCCCUUUGGAGCAACAGAAGAUGACAUCACAUCUGAUAUGUUUUCGAAAGAUAGUGGGAAGUUUAUUGAGGAGAAGAAGCUGAGGGUAGUCCUUAUCAGUCCACCAUCUUCUCCAGUCUUGCUUCCUGUAAAUGGGGAUGUGAAGCAGGAUCCGUCGUUCGAUGAAAUUAAUUUGCAAAAAGAUAGGGUGCCUACUGGUGUUGAAAAUAUGCCUCCCUCUCUUAAAGUUUCUCCUGAAGUUAAAGGUUUUGAACCAGCGCAGGAUACAAGAGAUGAUAGAACAUAUGAGGAUACUGUUACAAGAUAUACUGAGAAUGUUGGUGAUAUGAAGUCAGAAAAUGGUGAUGUGCAGUUGAAUUUAGCUGAGGAUUCUGAGGAAUUGAAGUCCAAACUUAAUAUAAUGGAUUCGAAACUAAGAGAGGCUGAGGCAACUAUCAUGAUGUUGAAUGAGGAGAGGCGCAUGAAUACGAAAGAAAAAGAUUUUUUUAAGAGAGAGUUGGAGGUGUUGAAGAAAAAAAUCAACACAAAAGGAGUUCAGACUGGCUUUCCAUUACUGUUUGUUUGCAUGGUUGCUCUUGUCAGUGUGGCGGUCGGAUACUAUGUUCAUCCAUAAGGGAGAAGAAAACUUGGUGUAUAGGAUAGCAGGCUUUCUGAAACCAAUGAUUUCUCAGUAUUGAAUAGAUAGAGGAUGGUUCAUUGUUUCUUAUGAUGGGUUUUGUUUUACUCCGUAGAUGUUAAUAUAUAUAUGUGAGAUAUGGGAAGCUUUGUGAAAUGCAUGUAAAGUGAACUACGUCUGUCAAUAGAAACAAGCAGCCUUCUGAAUUCUGAUAUAUUUUAAGCCAAAAUCAUUGUCUUGUUCA